UCUGGUUAGGAAACCUACUUUGUUUAUGACUCUUUUUCCUUUUUCAAAAGAAUAGCUUAACUCAACAUAACCCUAGCUAUAAGGGUGGUAGAGGCAAAGCCACAACCAAGCCUUCCACGCGCGAGAGAGAGAUAGAGAGAGAGGAAUCUGCCAUGCCGUCCACUGCCGCCGGUGGCAAGCUAGAGCGGUCCGCCUCCGCCAUCAUUGCAGACGCCACCAGCGGACACCACAUUCUCAAAAUCGACGGAUACUCCCGUACCAAGGGGACCCCUACCGGAAAGUUUGUCAAGUCCCAUCCUUUCACUGUGGGCGAUCAUUGCUGGUGCAUCUUUUAUUAUCCCAAUGGCGACGAGUCGGAGUCGGCAGAUUACAUAUCACUUUUUCUUUUUCUUAAUGAAAGUGUCACCAAGGCGGUGAAGGCGCAAUAUCGCUUCCGUUUUGUCGACGACGUGGAGGAGCAAACUCUGUUGUUGAAAUCAGAAGACAUACGCGACUUCGAGAGCAACCGCGGUUGGGGACAGGCAAGGUUCAUCAAAAGGGAAGCUUUGGAGAAGUCCAAGCAUCUCAAGGAUGAUUCUUUCAUGGUCCGCUGCGACGUCACCAUCAUCAACAAGAUCCACACAGAGGAGAUACCGAUGGCUGAGGCCGCCACCGUCCCGACCUUCGUCUCCGUGCCCCCGUCCGACUUGCACCAACACCUCGGCGACCUCCUCCAGACCAACAAGGGCGCUGAUGUGGUGUUCGAGGUCGGCGGUGAGACAUUCGCGGCGCACCGGUGCGUGCUCGGGGCCCGGUCGCCGGUCUUCAGCGCGGAGCUCUUUGGCACGAUGAAGGAGAGUUGCGCUGCAGGUGCCGUCCGCAUAGACGACAUGGAGGCGCCUGUUUUCAAGGCGCUGCUCUGCUUCAUCUACACCGACUCAUUGCCGGAGAUGAACAAAGAGGACGAAGCUGCCAUGUCCCAGCAUCUGCUUGUUGCUGCCGACAGGUACAACUUGGAGAGGCUAAAGCUGAUUUGCGAACACAAACUAUGCAGGUGCAUAGAAGCGAGCACUCUGGCGACUAUCUUGGCGUUAGCUGAGCAGCAUCACUGCCACGGGCUGAAGAAGGCAUGCUUCAACUAUCUCAGCUCUCCAGUAAACCUGACGGCGGUCCUUGCAAGCGACGGCAUCGAGUACCUGAAUAGAAGCUGCCCUUCUGUUAUAAAGGAGUUGAUCGCCAAGCUUGCCCUUCUGCAAAAGUAGUUUCGUUUUUCUCUCCAUCUGUUAUGUUUUUCUCUCCCUGUUUCCAUGUUAGUAUUUCAUUGCACAUCUAAGUCCUAAGUUGCUAGUACUUUGUUAUCAGAUAGUUUUUUAUUAUCUAACUGCAUCUCCAAGGCGCCUGCAA